AUGCAAUUCGACGAAAAACAUUUAACCAAAUUCAAAUUAAAUCAAGUUUCAACCAAGUUUACAUAUAUUCACAUCUCCGACGAUAAGUCCAAGACCAUAUUGCACUUACAAAAAUUACAACAGCAUGAUCAAGAAAACGAAGCAGGCGAGAAAUCUCCUAAUGGUCUGGCAGACGUCGGAAGCUUCGCUAUUCAACAACAUAACAACAAUGAGAAUGUGCUUCUUGAAAAUGUUAAGGUGUUGAAAGCCAAAGAACGGGUUGUAACAUGUAAUGUAUAUGCUCUUACCAUGGAAGCAUUUGAUGCAGGAAAAAGGAAGAAAUAUGAAGCCAAAUUUUGGGUGAGGCCACGAAUGAAUUUCAAGAGGUUGCAAGAGUUCAAUGUUGCUCAUGUGAUCUCUCCCUUUAUGAAUAUCCAAAUUACAAUCCCAAUGCACAAAAUAUGGUACGACAAUCAGGUCCAACUACAAAACACACUAGACCUGCAGGACAUGAGCUAA